CGGAGCCACGCGCGAAAGUCCGUUGCGGCCGUUGCGUGGUGCGCACGCGCAGUGGCUGUCCGCGCAGGCAAAAUGGCGGCGCCCGUGGACCUUGAGCUGAAAAAGGCAUUCACUGAACUUCAGGCAAAAGUCAUUGAUACCCAGCAAAAAGUGAAGCUUGCAGAUAUACAAAUAGAUCAACUAAACAGGACGAAAAAGCACGCGCAUCUUACAGACACAGAGAUUACGACUUUGGCUGAGGAGACACGAAUGUAUGAAGGUGUAGGAAGAAUGUUUAUUCUUCAGUCCAAAGGGGUAAUUCACAACCAGCUUUUAGAAAAACAAAAAAUUGCAGAAGAGAAAAUUAAAGAAUUGGAGCAAAGAAAGUCAUACCUGGAGCGGAGUGUUAAAGAGGCUGAAGAUAACAUCCGGGAGAUGCUAAUGGCUAGAAGAGCACAGUAGGGGGGCUUCAACCUCAUCAGUACCCCCCCCCUUUCUUGUAUUUGGACUGAGCGGAGAAAAGCAGAGCCACCUGGGAGCCAGAUCGUUCCGUGCAGAGGACCCGAGACCCUUGAGUCAUGCAGUGAAGCUGCACCCACCCAUCCUAUUGUUCGAUGUACCAAUAAAUUCUACCUAGG